AUGGAAUAUUUGCCAUUCACAUUGAAAGGACUAACCCAUGCUGAGCUUAUGGAGGAAAUAGAAAAUAUUCCAUCUGAUGCAGAAUCUAUUGUUGACGAGGACGAAGCUGACGAGUCAGAACAUCCCUUGCGGAAUGAAAUUUGUAUCGAAAAUUUGGUUCAAGACGUCGAAGAUGACAUCAGUGAUGACUUGUGGGACUAUGAUGAUGAUAUCCCUCUGAUCAAUUUAGUUCAGAAACAAGAACAUAGAAUAGGUAACGAUUCAAAUAUCCUUUUUCCAGAGUGGGGAAUUACGCAGGCCGUGAAUCCAGCCCCACCUUUUGAACAUAACUGCGGAAUUACUGACAUAGUCCGCAAUGUUCAUAGUAAAACUCCAUAUGCUUUUUUCAAUCUAAUUUUUACUGACGACUUACUGCAAUACUUGGUAUUCCAUACAAAUUUGUAUGCUACGCAAGAAGUUAAGAAUUUCAUACCUACCACUGUAUCUGAAAUGAAAAUAUUUCUUGGAGUCAACAUUUUGAUGGGUCUCAAACCCUUACCUAGCUAUAGAGACUAUUGGAGUUCUAGUCCAGAUAUGCAUGAUGCAUAUAUAAGCCAGUUUAUGUCGGUCAAUAGAUUUGGAUGGUUGCUCACUCACUUGCACCUAAAUGAUAAUUCUCUCCUUCCACAAAAGAACCAGCCAAAUUACGACAAAUUGUACAAAGUACGUCCCUUUCUAGGUAUGCUCUCUGUAAAUUUCGAAAAAUGCCUUCUUCCCCAUGAAAAUAUAGCAAUAGACGAAUCUAUGAUCAGAUUCAAAGGUAGAAGUUCAAUAAAACAGUAUCUUCCAAAAAAAACAAUAAAAAGGGGAUAUAAGGUGUGGUGUUUGGCGGAUCAAAGUGGUUAUCUCUAUAGAUUCCAAAUUUAUACCGGGAAGGUCGGAAACGUGGCAGAAACAAAUUUAGAAGAAAGGGUCGUUAAAAAUUUAACAAAAGGACUCUAG